AUCAAUUUUGUGGUAUCACUUGUGAUAGCACCGAAUAAUACUCUACAAAAGUUUAAAAUACAGGUGUUUUUGAUAAUAUUUAGCAGCAAUGGGAUCUUCUGUGCAUAAAAUAAUUGUUACCGUAGGAUUUCUAUCACUGUUCCACUCAGCGUUUUCAGCAGCACAGCAUCGUUCGUACCUUCGAAUAACAUCACAAGAAUUCACCACUUUACCUUUGGAUAUCGUGGUACAAGCCGUGGUUAGCUUAUUUGCCGUCAUGUGGGGUGUUCUUAAUGUUGCUGGUAAUUUACGGGAGAUACCAGCUGCUGCUGAGUUGAAUACAGUUAAAUGGGAGACUCAAAGGAACCUUCCAUCCUUUUACAUCUUCAACCAUAGAGGAAAAGCCUUAGCCGACAAUUAUAUUCCUAGUGGUGGUAAAUGUGAACUAGAAAAUGUUGAAUAGUGUAUUGCAACACUACUAGUAUAAUUAUUUAUUUGUUAAGACAAGUUAUCAUUAUGGUAUUUCAUAAGGAGGAUUUAUUUAUUUUGUAUUGGACAUUCUAACUCUCUUAUUAUGGCAC